CAUGCCAAGUAUCCCACUCCACUCCACCCCAAACACAAACACACAAUCGAAAUGGGUUCCGGCAAAUUCUUUAGAGAAAUAGAAUUACCUCAACAAAAACCCGACGGCGAUGGUGCUCUCUUCCCGGCGGUGUUAACCCCAAUCUCCAACACUGAUUUUACUACAAAAGCAAAACUCAGUGGGUUUGAAGAAGCGAUUAAAGCUCACAAGCCAUGGCUGGAGUCUCUUCUCCAGAAAAGAGGUGCUAUCCUCUUCCGAGGCUUCCCUGUUACCUCCACUUCCGACUUCAAUGACAUUGUCGAAGCUUUUGGCUUCCCCGAAGCCUUCUAUGUCGGUGGCCGAGCCCCUAGAACCCAAAUUCUCGGCCGGGUUUACACCACCAACGAAGCUCCUCAAGAUAAGACAAUUCCUUUCCACCACGAGAUGGCCUAUGUUCCAGACUACCCAUCGAAGUUAUUUUUCUUUUGUGAAGAAGCACCACUAGCUGGAGGAGAAACUCCAAUAGUUUUAAGCCAUAUCAUAUAUGAUAAGAUGAAAGAGAAGCACCCAGAGUUCGUUGCAAAACUAGAGGAGCAUGGAGUCAUUUAUACAAAAAUAAUGACAGACGAUAACCAACAGUCAUCCUUCACCGGCAGCGGGUGGAAGUCGGCGUACAUGACCACCGACAAGAAAGUAGCAGAAGAAAGGGCGGAGAAGCAAGGAACAAAGUUGGAAUGGCUGGAGAAUAAUUCUGUAAGAACUAUCACCGGUCCGGUGCCGGCGGUGAAGUUUGACAAGGGAAGUCAACGGAAAACAUGGUUCAAUAGUCUGGCAAAUAGUUAUGGAGGCCCAGCGAACCCUGAACUCUAUGAUCCGAAUAGAUCUAUUGAGAUUGGAAAUGGUGAACCUCUUUCGGAUGAAGCCAUGGCAGACUGUUUGAGAAUUUUGGAUGAAGAGUGUGUUGCGAUUCCUUGGAAGAAAGGUGAUGUUAUGCUUGUUAAUAAUUUGAUGGUUCUUCACAGCCGCAAGCCACUCAUAACGCCACCACGCCGUGUUCUCGUAUCCCUUUGCAAGUGAGGGAGAUUAAAGAUCCGUGAAUGAUUCAACAUUCAAGAAAGAAAGAAAGAGAAGAAAAGCAUGGUGUAUUUUGCAGCUUUCAAUUUGCUCAUAAAUAUUUGUUUUUUUUUUUUUUUUUGGUAUUCUUGGUUUGUGUAAUACUCUGUUAAAAUAAAACAGCAUCGAUCGAUCCUUGUGGGUUGAUGCCAGGUGGGUGGAGAUGAUGAUGUAAAAUGUUAUACGUGGUCCAAAAUUCUUCUGUUUGUUUGUGGUGUUAUUAAUUAUGAAUGUAAUGUAAUAUCGUCAUUGGUGUUUUAUAGUAAUAAACUAUCAUUUCAUUAAA